AUGGCAGCCAAGAAAAUUAGCUUCAUCAGCAUUUAGCUUUAUCCUUUUAGAUUAUCUGUAUUUGAGGCCAUGUAAUGUUUAACAGAGGAAAACAGCAGUGUGAGUAAAGCAACAAGAAAGAGCACAAUCCAUGCAAGUGCAGGAGCUUCUGAAUGCAAUUAGUUGAAAAGUAUGAUGAAGGCCAUCCUCCUGCUAUACUUGCUGUUGGCCAUCCUUUACCCUGCAGUCCCCACCGUGAGACAGACUGACCAUCACAAUGAAGAGCCCAAGGUAACUCACCUCCAUGAGCAGCAUCCUCAUGAGGAAGAUUCUCUUGCUUUCUGCCAGCAUAUAAUACCCAGCAACACAGACUUUGCCUUCAGGUUUUACAGGCAAGCAACUGUCCAAGCACCUGGCAAGAAUAUUUUCUUCUCCCCAGUCAGUGUCUCUGCUGCCUUUGCCCUGCUGGCCCUCGGCUCCAGAGCCACAACCCAGGUUCAGCUGCUGGAGGGGCUGGCCUUUAAUCUCACCAACAACAGGGAGGAGGAGAUACACCAUGGCUUUCAUCAUCUCCUUCUCUUGCUGAACCGUCCUGGCAGCCAGGUGGAGCUGAGCAUGGGAAAUACCUUGUUUAUGGACAAACACCUGAAGCCACUGACAGCAUUUCUGAAGGACAUAAAAAAACUGUACAAAGCAGAAAUUAUUUCUAGUAACAUUCAGAAUUCUACUGAGGCUAAAAAAGAGAUCAAUGAUCAUAUAAAAAACAAAACCCAUGGGAAGAUAAAUCAAAUACUGAAAGACCUCAAUCCAAACUCUUUAAUGGUACUUGUUAACUAUAUUUAUUUCAAAGCCUACUGGGAAAAUCCUUUCAAUAUGAAGGGGACUCACACGGAUUAUUUCUAUGUGAAUGCAAAGACAUUGGUUGAAGUGAAGAUGAUGGUUCGAGAUAGCUUUUAUGACAUAUAUUCUGACAAGAAGCUGUCAUGCAAGGUGGUGAGGAUUCCUUACAAGGGAAAUGUUUCAGCAUUGUUCAUUCUGCCCAAUGAAGGAAAAAUGAAAUGGCUGGAGGAUGGUCUGAUGAAAGACACGCUGUCUAAAUGGGAAAAAUCACUUGAAAGACGGAGGAUGGAAGUGUAUAUUCCAAAAGUAUCCAUUUCUGGCACCUAUGACUUAAAGAAGAUAUUCAUGAAUCUGGGUGUAAUAGAUGUGUUUUCUGACCAGGCUAAUCUGUCUGGAAUCACAGGAAAGUCUGAUCUGAAGGUUUCAAGAGCUAUUCACAAGGCGCUGCUGAACAUUCACGAGAAUGGCACAGAGGCUGCAGCAGUCACUGGCACAGAGUUUGCUCCUCAUUCUGUUCCUCCUGUUAUAAAGUUCAACCGUCCAUUUUUGCUGUUGAUUGUUGAUCAGUACACUGAAAGUAUCCUCUUCAUAGGAAAAAUUGUAAACCCACUGAAAAAUGAUUGAUCAAUGGCAAGUCUUAUUGAUUUGAUUUGCAUGUAUGCAUUAAUAGUCUGAUGUAAUUAAAAUUAUAUCAAAUCUUUUA